CUGCCGCUGCUCCCGUCCUCCUCCAACCCGACACCUUGACCUGCUCCAACUCGUCGACGUCCCACCUGUUCUCAUCCUUUUAAUAUCCCGUUCCCUGACCUUUUUUUUGUCACUUCUCACUUCUUGUCCGUUCCCUUCCCCAGUGACAAUACUUCUUGAUUUACUAAGUUUCUAAGUUUGAUUUAAAAAAAAAAAAAAAACAUUCUCCUAAACCCAGACGUUAAACUUGCUGUUAUGGAAGAUGACAAGGAAGAGCUGCCCGGCACCAUGCCCGUAAACAUGGGGCCAAUGGCUGCGCCCGAGAGUGACCACAAGACUAUCACGGUGGACUACGCUGACGAAAAUGACGGCGGCAUCGGCGUCUGCGGCUGGAUCCUCACUGGGCUCUCGUGGAUCCUCGUCCUGGCCACGAUGCCCUUCUCCUUCUGCGUCUGCUUCAAGGUGGUGCAGGAAUACGAACGCGCUGUCAUCUUCAGACUCGGACGACUUCUGCAGGGAGGCUCCAGAGGGCCAGGAAUCUUCUUCAUCUUGCCAUGCAUUGAGUCCUACAGCAAGGUUGACUUGCGGACCAGUGUGUUUGAUGUACCGCCCCAAGAGGUGCUGACGAAGGACUCCGUGACGGUGAGCGUGGACGCCGUCGUCUACUACCGUGUGAGCAACGCGACCGUGAGCGUGGCCAACGUGGAGAACGCCCACCACUCGACGCGGCUCCUCGCCCAAACCACCCUCAGGAAUAUGCUCGGAACGAAGAACCUGCACGAGAUCCUGGGCGACCGUGAGUCCAUCUCGAGCGACAUGCAGGGAGUGUUAGAUGAUGCCACAGAGAACUGGGGCAUUAAAGUGGAAAGGGUUGAAAUAAAAGACGUCCGACUGCCUGUCCAACUGCAGAGGGCGAUGGCCGCCGAGGCUGAAGCAGCCAGAGAGGCCAGAGCUAAGGUUAUCGCUGCCGAAGGAGAGCAGAAGGCCUCUCGCGCCCUCAAGGAAGCUGCCGAGGUCAUCUCUCUCUCGCCGGCCGCCCUCCAGCUACGAUAUCUUCAGACGCUAAACACAAUUUCAGCCGAGAAAAAUUCCACCAUCAUAUUCCCGCUCCCCAUAGACUUCUUACAACAUUUCUUCAACAACAAAGAGUGACCGGGAGGUGGUGCUUCUGCGGCCGCCGGGAUAGAGAGCGCCCCAACCCAUGCCUGUUUCUGAAACGUUUUUAUACAGCUCUAUAAAUAAAGCUCAUAGACAGUUGCCUAUACAUUAGCGAUUAUAGAUUAGCUCAUAACAAAAUAAAAAAUAAAAAAGAAUAUAUUAUAUGAUGAAUUCACAGUAGUAGAUUCGUUGUUUGGGGGGAAAUCUUGAGGGCUGGAUUAUGGUAGAUACCUUGGUCAGGUUAGACAAAACGGGGAGAUUAUGUAUCGGUGAGUGAAAACAGAGCUACCAUUACUUCACAUGUAUUCAUUCUUGUUUUAUUCACAUAUUAUAGACUGGCUGUCCUUAUUUGUUCAUAUUUCUGAGUACAACCUGUUCAUUGUUCAAGUCAAAUGUUUCUUAUUUACGCAUAUUCACUGCGGAAUCCUGCAGAGCCACAAAGUCCUAUUAUUUUUUUCACAGAUGCUAAAAGCAUUUAAAACUUGUCCUAGAAGUUCACACCGGAAUGAAUACACAUUCUAAGCAGUGCACAGAUUUCACGUUAAUGCAUGCUUUUUUUAUAUAAUAUUAAAAAAAGUUGUUACCACGAGCAAUGUUAACAUUAUAUUGGAUAUCACUAAACGGCAGAAGUUAUUUACGAAAGUAUCGGAGAGAAUCACGUAUUCGAAAUCCACGUUGCCUAAAAGCAGGUAGGCAAAAGCGUUGAGUUUCAGGGGGGGAAAUUAUGUGAUAAAAGGGGUUUUCAUUGAGCUCGUGUUCAUCUUUCAUUGAUUUUAUUCUGAUUCUUUUUUUUCUUACCAUUAUUAUUUCUUUUACAAAUCCGACCUGCUUUUGUAAAUAGGUCAUCAACGAAGGUAGUGUAUAGUAACUCUUGAUUAUAUCACAUUAUAACGGAAAAAACUACUAUGUAAAGUCCACUACUGCCUCUGUUAUUGAGGCGCCGCCUAUCUAUACCCAGACUGAAGCAGAGUUAUAUAUAAAUAUAUAUAUUUAUUUUACUGACCCUAACACUAAAUAGAUCAAUUAUAUCAUUUCUAAGAGUCGAAAGAUUGCGCGCGUCCUUCUUGGUCUUCAUAGGAUAGACACUUACGAUUCUAAGUUAGAUUUCAGUCAAUCACUGGAAUGAUAGAGGAAUAUUGAGUAUUGUGACACGGCGACUCCGAGACCUUUGUCUUUGAGUCUCGCACGGCUUCAGUGUCUGGCUGGAGCGUCGGGGGGGGUUGCUCCCUCUCCCCACCUGAGCUGUGAAUUCCCACGUUGACUCAUGACUCAGGCAAUUGCUUCUUUAAGGGAUUUUACGCUAAGACGAUGAUGAAGAUUCUGGUCUUUAUGGCUGAUUUAUUUUUAUUCCUAUUUUCUUUUCUUUUUUUUCCUUUCGGUAUCUCCUCUCCUUCGCUAGACAGUGAACUCUUGCGUCUUCUCUUCAUCUACCACCAGAAUUCUCUCUGGCUGUGUAAGUAAUAACUCUGAUAGGAAAUAAUGAAGAAAAAAAAACUCUUCUUCCAGGCGAGUGUUUUUAUCGCUUAAUGACAAAAGAAAAAUAAUAAUAAACACAGUUUCAAAAUUAGCAGAUAUAAUCACAAUAAGAAUUACAACGCUAAUAAUAAACCGUACUUCCCGUUUGUAGAAGCAACACAGUUUUUACAGAGAGCAACGGAAUGCUGUGAUCCCAUAUAUUUUUGUAAUAUAUUCCGGGACGCAGUGAUAUUGAACACAUGUACACUACAACCCCAUAGGCUCCCUUUGCUUUGAUCACCUAGAAUCUUUUUAUUUGGGGAAAUGGGGAGGGUGAAGGGUAAAGAGGUUUGAAAGUUUACUUAAUAACCUAAAUCUAUCAAAGGGUGAGGGAAGACUGAACCUAUUCGGAUCGAGUUUUAUCCCGUUUUAAGGCGUUUUAGAAUAUUUAGAGUGAUAGGACAUACCGACUCUGUAUCGAUAGAGUGUGGACUUGAACUAAUAAGUUGAUUCCCUAUAAUUUUAAAAGAUAAAAAGUAACGUUUUUGAAAUACUGGUUCAGGGGAUGGAAUUAUAGUGUAAAGGCCAGUUGUAGAAGUGCGCUUUCCCGAUGAUUAAUGUUAUGCAGAUACAAUCAAAUUAACUGAAUUUUUAAGUGGUUCUUCACUAGUUAAGCGCCACCUAAAAAAAGUGUUUGCAAUCAUGAACGACAAGAUACAUUUGUGCAUGGUUUUAUGAGCGAUUUGUGACCUCUUGAACGCAAUGCACUUAAAUGCUUGCAACGUCGAAAGUGACAAAAGAAAAAAAAAAGAAAAAACUGGAUUAUGACAGAAAAUAAUGGUGUGAUAAAAACAUGAUGUCCCCUAAUUGUAAUGCGCUUUAUCGGGCAAUAGUACUUCAUGUCCCAGAUACUGUAUCGAGAUAUUAAAAGGGAAAAACGCAAA